AAAUUUAAAGUGAAGAAUGCAGGAAGCUCAUCCGGUGUUGAUAUUGAUGUGUUGAAGGGUGCUGUGUUGCGAUAUGCAAGGGAUUCGACUAACUUGAAGGAAAUCCUUUUCAGUCGCGUUGAUGGAUUCGAUUGCUUGUAUAGAAAGGACACAGAGACUUUGGCACAUGGGAAAUGUGUGAGUGUGGAUGUUAUUGACUGCUAUGCUGCCUAUCUGAAUCGGGAGCAAGUGAGAAGAGGGCAACUGAAAAGAUGGGUGUUCUAU